UUGGGAUGGUACUUGGCAGGAAAUUUCUCGCCGGAGAAAGCGCGAGACGAGGCGGAACAAGUGAACAGUUCUUGCGCGCAGCACCUGUCGUGGCCUUUGCAGGAUACUCCCCCCGCCGGUUCUCUGUCGCCAAUUCCUUACCCAUCGACACAUCAUAAUGCAUUCCCUGCGCCGUGCCGUAUUAAGGUCUGCCGCUGCCUCGGCCUCGAGGACGGCGACGGCCUCGACGGCGACACGCAUUGCCCCUUUUGCUGCUAGGUCGACAGCAGAAUGCAACGCUGCAAAGAUUGCGUCCCCUCAGGUUGUCCGCUUCUUUUCGCAGACCGCGCGCAAAGCCGCCGAGGAUAAGCAGCUGGAGGAGGCACAGCGCCGGUCAGAGGAGGACUUUGAGCGCCAAGCUGCGGCCGAUGCUAGGCAGGAUGUCGAGGAGGCCAUCGCGAACACUGAAGCCGACAUUCAGGAGGCGAUGCAGGAAUCUUCCUUCCCGAGCAAUGCCAGCCAAGCGGUCAAAGCUAAACCAGCAGCCGGUGGACAGGAAUCUCAAAACACGGCCUUCGUCCGCAACAUCGUGUUCGAACUCAGCGAGGAGCAUCUCACGAAGGCGUUUUCAAAGUACGGCAAUGUGACAAAAGUAUACAUUGCGCGCGAUCCUCGCGGCAUGAGCAAGGGAUACGGCUUCGUGUCGUUUGAGACGCCUGAGGAACUCAAGGCAGCCUGCGACAACGUCAACGGCUCCUUCUGGCACGGCCGCCGCAUCACCUGCAUUCCCCGGGCGACUGAGGGCAGACAAAAGCAAACAAAACAUCGCAACUCACCCGACCACCCGACCCAGCAACUUUUCGUCGGCAAUAUUCCCUAUGAGACGACGGACGCCGAGUUGAACCGGCUCUUCCGGGGCAUGGAUAACCUUGAGGACGUUCGGGUCGCCGUCGACCGCACCACCGGCUGGCCCCGCGGAUUUGCGCAUGCCGAUUUCACGACUGUCGAGGCAGCCAUCGAAGCGAAGAAGAAGCUGGAGGGAGCCAAGCUUGGGAACAGAGUUCUGCGCAUCGACUUUGCCGAGGGGUACACAAGGAAGAUUGGCAAAUCUAGAAACCAGUCAUCUGGCCGGGGACAUGAGGCUCAGAACUCUCGGUUGUGAUUGUUGACCAUUGGGUAUUGAUGAGAACAAAGGUACGUUCUGGCCGGGGAUCUGGGGAAACCUGCAUCAUGGGCGUCCAAGGCAGCUGCGAUCUGUAAAAAAACAUGUUUCGACUAUGGAUAGAUGUACUCUUUUCUCUUUUUGGCAGCAUAGAUGUGUACGGAUUAUAGGUAAUCAACCGAAAAUCCUCCCCGCAGCCCGUGCGCUUGCAGCAUUGUGCAAGCAGUACGGAGUACGCGUACGGGAUACGUUUCCCAGGCCAAUGUCCGUCCACCCAUGAUUCGAAUGGUGGCAGGCUUUCCCAUACAAUACAACUUGUAUGUACUGCGUU